CCAGGUGACCGGCAAACAAACUCACACACUCACUCGCUAGCCGAGCAACCACGAAAAUGCAGAUGUUCCAGAGCCACCACUUGGUGUGCGGCCUGCUGGUCGCCGCCGCCUUCGCCUUCCUCGCCGAGGCCGCUGCUGUGCCCGAGCAGUCCUCCGAGUGGAAAAUCAUGUCCAGAGUUUUCGACGACUGUCUCGGCAAGGAGGAGACGAUAAACUGCCUUGGCUUGAAGGCCGCUGCCGCCCUUCAGCGUGCUCAGCGCGCCGCUAACCUGGAACUCGCCCCCGGAGUCGUGAUCACCAAGCAGAACGUCGAGGGUGUGCGUGAUGGACGUGCUCUCAGCGAAGCCGAACUCGAGAACUCCCUGCCCGCUGAGGCCAGCGAGCGUUCUGGACGUGUCUUCGACAUUGUCUUCGAUUCCGCCAUCAACUUCCUCAAGAGCCACUCGCUCGAGGUCAAGCUGCCCGCCUCCGACAUCGCCCGCUCCCUGGAAACCGGCCGUCUCAAGCUGAAGAAGCACUUCCUGCCCCUGCUGCUCGGCGGUGGACUUAAGUUCUUGGUUCUGCCCGUCGCCCUUGGAGUGAUCGCCUUCAUGGCCAUCAAGGCUCUGGCUAUCGGCAAGCUGGCCCUUCUGAUCGCCGCCUCCCUUGGUGGCACUAAGCUGUUCAGCGGAUUCGGCGGAUUCCUCGCCCCCAAGACCAAGACCAUCGAGGUUGUGCCUCACCCUGUGCAGUCCUUCUCCAGCUCCGGCGCCGGCGGCUACUCUUCCGGAUUCAGCGCGUCCAACGGCUGGAGCCGCAACAUCGACGCCCAGCAGGAUGCCCAGAAGCUGGCCUACGGCGGACAGGCCCCUGCGGCCGCUCAGCAGUGAGCCCCGAAGAGCCGAAGGCUGCGCCGCCUGGCGAGAGAGUCAACCUUUUGUUUAAUUUAUUGAAGCUCGAGCGAAACACACACGCGACUGUCUCUUAAAUUAUUUUAUUUAUGUAAUUACGCGAGCUCAGUCAGUGUUAAUUUAUUGUUUUAAAUUAUUCGACGAACGUGUUCAACCAAAUGCUCACCUUUUCUAUCUCUCUGUAUUGCAUCACUCUGUGAAAUAGUCUGCGCCGUUGUUGGUGCGCACUCUGGUCGUUACCGUUGUUCAUCUUUUACACCCCUUCUCACCCCUCUUACCGCAAUAAACACGAAAUGAUAAUUUUUACAAUGUA